AUGUUUCAUUUGUACGAUGAUCAGGGAUAUGGACAAUGCAGGCACUUUUUGAAAUCAUGGCGGUCACCUGACAGCCCUCAGGGCAAACUUCUCCAUAUCACUGUUGCUUGGCUCCAAUUCUGCGCAGGCGUUGAUUGGUCCAUAUUGGGAAACCCACAAAUCCCACUGACCCAUCACUUGGAAUCCAAAUGGCUCAAAUCCUUGCACGAAUAUCUCCGCUCAAUAGAUGCCAACUUGGAGAUUCACAACCCAUAUACCCCACAACCACAACGGGUCAAUGACAAGGCCAUCAUGUCAGUUGUAGUUCAGGCACGCAAGACCAAUGGCCCCAAUGCUGGAAAAGCUCUCUUCGGCCCAAAAGACAUCAAGCACAUCAACUGCUGUCGGAUGUACUUGAAUGUGGUGUUCCUGUCGGACGUUUGCAAUGCUGCAGGGGAUACCAUUGAUCCAGCCAUGUACAGUGGAGAUUUCGACAACGCAAUGAGCAAAUGCAACCAUCACAGGGUGAAUCAAGCAAAACCAGGAGCCACAGCAUGGGCAGCUUGGCAAAGAGCCCUCAAUCUCUUCUGCACAACAGCUCGCCUUCGCAAAAGACUGAAGCCCCCACACCAACUCACCGAUUGGCUCCACCCCAUCAACAAUCUCAAGCGCCAAUGGCCUGUCGUAUAUGAUCCCGGCACAGACAAUAAUAUCGCUGACUUUGUCUACUGUCAAGCACCCCAGGGCUGGACCAAACAUGCAUGUCUGUACACUGACUAUGACAAUACUUCCCUGGAGACUGUCCAUUCCCUACCACCAACGGCUGCCCCAUGUGAUUUUGUUAUCAGACCCCUAGGGACCAUCCAGAUGAAAGGAUAUCACAAUGUCACUUCACCAACACCCCCAGCAACCCACACAACAAUCACAUCACUCAUUCCUAACUUGAACAUUUGGGAACACCAUCUGCUUCGCGAUUUGGAACUUCUGGUCCCUGAACAGGAUGUCUGGACAGCACUUUCCACUAGCCGAUGUAUUCUUGUCAGCGAUGGUUCCGCCCCAGAAGGCAAAGGCUCCUUUGCAUGGGUCCUUAGCACUCCAGCUGGACAGCGCCUAGCACAAUGCAGUGGCCCCGCCUUUGGCUACAAAGUUAACUCCUACCGAGCAGAAGGUUAUGGCUUGCUGUCAGGGUUUCGAUUUCUACACCAUAUGCACAAGCUUCAUGGAUCAGCUGACUCACCACUCAAACGUCAUCGGGUAUAUUGUGACAACAAGUCCAUGGUAGAGGUUGUCGUCAAAUAUUCCAAAUUCUCCAAAGUCUUUCCCAACAGCACUAUUUCAUCCGAAUGGGACAUUAUCGCUGAGAUCCGAGAAACCUUACGACAAUCAGUCCACCCGAAUCCGUCCCCAGCAUUCGACAUGUCAAAGGACACCAGGACGACGCUAAGCCAUAUGACGAACUGGACUUAG